AUCCACAUCGUCAGACACGAGCAAACGCACCUCCACAUUCUGCCUCCCACCUCUCCGGCGAGAUCUCCCUCCUCCCCGCGCCGCAGCCAGCCAUGGACGCCGUGGACUCCGUGGUCGACCCGCUCCGGGAGUUCGCCAAGGACAGCGUUCGCCUCGUCAAGCGCUGCCACAAGCCCGACCGAAAGGAGUUCACCAAGGUGGCCAUUCGGACGGCCAUCGGGUUCGUCGUCAUGGGCUUCGUCGGGUUCUUCGUCAAGCUCAUCUUCAUCCCCAUCAACAACAUCAUCGUCGGGUCCGGCUGAUCUCGUCUCCGCAGGUGAGGGGCGGCAGGACUAGAGGAUGUUGUCCAUUCAUGGGGGCGGCAGCUGGUCUUCCUGUCCUCAUACCGCAAACCAAUUCAUUUAGGACUUCAUUGUAGAGGACAUUUUCCCUUGUGUUUUCAUUUGAAACAGUUGUACCUGAGCAGUUUUGAACCUGAUACUGGCUAGACCGUAAUAUCAAGUAGCCAAUGAUACUGGCUAGACCCUAUCAUUUCCUCUCUGGAGCAUUGUGCUAUGAUGCCUUUACUUUCAUCAAGUUCUUUGUGUAAUUGUCCAAAAGGUAAUGACAUGCACUAGCAAGGUGCCCGCGUUAGUUGAA